UACGAGUGACAUAACUAAACGAAGCUAUCCAUUUUGACUAGUUCCAAAGCAGUUCGUUUUUUCUCCCAUGCACAGUUUUCAAUUCUCUGUUUUGAUUUUAUAGUGUCCUGUCAGAGCGCAACAGGUGGUGGUAUGUGUACUCUAACUAUACACGCUCUCAAUGGAAGAGGGGAUCAAUAGCGUUUCAUGUCGGAAUGAACCAGUAACAGUAAUGGAUACCUUCAAGUGAAGACCUACCUGUUGUCAGUAUCAUUUUGAUAUUCUGUACAACGUAAUAGAUAGGAUGUCAGUGGUUGAUGACACAUAGUCACUAGAUGCUGGAAGCCCCACGUUCUGAAUCUGACAUUCAUCCACAUGAUCAUCUAAGAUGGGAAAGCGAAAGAAACUGAGUUCUGUCAUUAUAAGCCUGUUGCUCCUGUCAGUUUACUCUCAGGAUGCCCAAUCCCAGCAAUCUAAACCAAAACCCUACCUGGAGAACUGCCCUGAUCUAGAGCCCUUCCUGUUCCUAAUGUUCUGUGGGGAUCCAGUGAUGCCUAGCAGCUGUAUCCUGGAGAAAUGGCUGUGUGAUGGAACACCCGAAUGUCCCAAUGGAGAAGACGAGACAAAUGCAACUUGUCGCAAUGGAGACCCAUGUGAGGGACGGCCAUGUCAGAAUGGAGGAAGCUGUUACGGCUACCCGUUAAACCCAAACAUCAGUGUAGCCUACUACAUAUGUGUGUGCCCCCCGGGCUGGUAUGGUGUGACCUGCAACAGCACCACGGCCCCGCCCACCACCACCACACCUGCUCCACCUCCGACCACCCCGCUCCUGCCACCUGUCAAUUCCACGGCAUCUCCAGUGGACCCAACCAUCUGUGAUAGUAAACCCUGCUUGGAGGGUGUGUGCACUGCUCUAAGAGGGGCUCAGUACCACUGCAACUGCAUUCCAGGUUACAGUGGGAAGAACUGCAGUACUGCCGAGAACCCGUGUACAUCCUUCCCCUGCCUCAACAAGGGGGGGUGCCAGGUGACUGGCAACACCUUCACGUGUGGAUGUGCUGCUGGGUACUCCGGCCGCCAGUGUGAGGAGGAGAUAAACGAGUGUAACGUACGGCCAUGCAGGAAUGGCGGCACCUGUACUGACAUGGUCAAUGGCUACAGCUGUGCCUGUCCUUCUGGAUACAAUGGUUCCAACUGUGAUGUAAACAUCAAUGACUGUGCAUCCCAGCCAUGUGGGUCGGGGACUUGUGUAGAUGGUGUCGCCUCAUACACAUGCCAGUGUCCACCUGACAGAGCUGGGGAGAACUGUGAACGUCCACAACUAUGUCUUCAAGGUGACCCCUGUGUGAAUCACGGGAUAUGCUACCCUCUCCAAGCAGGGAGCCAGGUGUGUGUGUGUUUCCCAGGAUUUAAUGGCUCUCGAUGUGAGAACAACAUAGACAACUGUCAGAGCAACAUUUGUGGACAACAUGGUACAUGUAGGGAUGGCAUCAACAAGUACACGUGUGAGUGUCAGCCCGGGUACACAGGUGUUAACUGUGACACACUCAUCGACCCCUGUGAACCUACCCCAUGCAAGAACAAUGCCUACUGCUGCAGUAAGGGGAAACAAGCCUGUGGUGACAAGCUGCCACUGGGUUCCUACCAGUGCUAUUGUUCUAAUGGGUAUACAGGUACUCAGUGUGAAAGGCGUCUGAAUGAAUGUGGGAAAAAGCCCUGUCAGAACGGAGGCCUGUGUACACUGAUAGAAGAGAACUAUUUCUGCACAUGCCCACUGGUUUUCACUGGACGUAACUGUGAGACUCUUAUACCCUGUGCUAGCCAGCCAUGUCUCAACAAUGGCCAAUGUGAGAUCAAAGGGAACACUUUUGAGUGUAAAUGUGUGAAUGGAUUCUCAGGAGACAUCUGUGAGAGGACUGGAAACUGCCUCACAAAGUCCUGUCAAAACAAUGGCACUUGUGUUGUCACAUCAGGAGGAGAAGUUUGUCGUUGUCCAUCAGGUUAUUUUGGUUUGAGCUGUGAGAGUGCUCUCCCUUGUGUGGCAAAUCCUUGCAGGAACAAUGCUUCAUGCCAAGAUGUUUCAUUGACAGAAUACAGGUGUACCUGUCCGCCAGGGUUGUCAGGGAGGCAGUGUGAGAGUGUGUUACCCUGUAAGGACAGCCCAUGUCAGAAUGGUGGGACGUGUUCGAAUCUGGCAUUAGGGUUUUACUGCACCUGCCCAGCUACCCAUACUGGUGUCAGGUGCGAAACGUACUUAAACUGCAACAGCUCACCUUGUUUCAACAACGGUACUUGCAUAGAAGAGGGCUCUUCAUUUCGCUGCCAGUGCCCUUCGACCCAUACAGGUCCAAGAUGUGAGAGUGGUCUCCCCUGUCUCAACAAUCCCUGCACCAUUGGGUCGACGUGUGUUAGUGUCAAUAUUUCUGCCUAUCGCUGUUUCUGUUUACCUGGACUCACUGGUAUCAACUGUGAAACAAGUCUAGCCUGUAACAACUCUCCAUGUAGAAAUGCUGCUCAGUGCCAAAAUGUCAACAAUUCUUACAUAUGUUCCUGUCUUCCCGGUUUUACCGGCCAGAAUUGUGAAACACAUGCUCCCUGUUUGAGCGCACCAUGCCUCAAUAAUGGCUCUUGUACAAACUUUGGUUCAUCAUACUCCUGCGCAUGCUCCAAUGUGUACGGAGGACCAAGAUGCGAGAUAUCCAAUCCAUGUGGUUCGAACCCCUGCAUCAACAACAGCACAUGUUCCAACAAUGGAGACAUCUUCCGCUGCAACUGCUCAUCAGCUUUCACAGGCAGAAAUUGUGAGACUAAACGAGAGCCCUGUGCACCAAACCCCUGCUUGAAUGGCGGGACCUGUGACAUAGAAGGUCAGAAUUACACAUGUCGAUGUUUGUCCUCCCACGUGGGCAAGAACUGCGAGAUCCCGGUUCCCUGUGCGAGUUCACCUUGCAGCAAUUCUAGCAUUUGCCUCAACCAGGGAUCUCGCUACACAUGUCAGUGUCCUCCUGGGUAUACAGGUUCGAGCUGUGAGAGCAGACUCCCCUGUGCAGAUAAGCCUUGUGCUAAUGGAAACUGUGUGAAUGGCAACCCAGAUUAUGUGUGUACAUGUAACCCAGGCUACACGGGGAGGAACUGUGAUUCUCUUAUACUUACCUGUGAUUCUACCACCUGUGUCAAUGGACAGUGCAGUAUUCAGGGGCCCAGUCUCAAGUGUGUCUGUAAUCAGGGAUUUACAGGUCCAAGAUGUGACCUGGUUGACCCCUGCCUGACUCCUCCCUGUCACAAUGGCGGAGCGUGUGAAACUCGCGGCGCCCAGUUCUUCUGUCAGUGUCCUGAAACUCACACGGGGGAGACGUGUGAAUCCCUACAACCCUCAUGCUACUCCCAGCCAUGCAGAAACAAUGCCACCUGCAUCGACAGGGGACAGGACUUCAUGUGUUUCUGCACACCUGGAUUCACAGGGAAGGCGUGUGACACAGUCCUGCUGCCAUGCGAUGUCCGUCCAUGUAAGAACGGGGGAACUUGUGUCAAUGUAGGCGGCUCAACCUUCAGUUGUCAGUGUCCGGUGACACACACAGGAUCGACAUGUGAAACCCUCCUCAGCUUGUGUCUCAGUAAACCAUGUGGAAACAGUGGGGAGUGUGCAUCAUCCGGGGAUGACAAGUUCAAGUGUACUUGUAAACCACCAUACACAGGUGCAACGUGUACUCAGAAAGUGGUGACCUGUGACCAAACUCCAUGUCUUAAUGGAGGGUCUUGUAACACGGACCAGUAUGGUGUGUUCUGUGAGUGUCCCACGAAGGAUGAAGGACUUUUCUGUCAGCUUGCUGGUGACGUCUGCUCCCCCAACCCCUGUCUGAAUGAAGGCCAGUGUUGGAAGACGGGGCAACAACCGACCUGUGAGUGCAAGAAGGGAUUCAUUGGCACAUUCUGUGCGACGAAGGUGGAAGGCUGUGGCGCAAACACUUGCAACGGUGGUCAGUGCAUCGACAAUAGUGACGGGGAAUUCCAGUGUAUGUGCCAGCCAGGGACGACAGGCUACAGAUGUGAGAGACAGGUCUGACUGGGGGAUAUGAGCCUUGAUGUGCUCAUCCUUCUUCUGUGACAUUGAAGAGAAAAAUAGUUCUGAAGGAGACAGUGAGCAUAAUUUCAGUAUGCACAUUUUGCAAAACGUUUGGAAUGUACAUACAGUACUGCAGAAAAUGUCUGUUUAUAUAUAUGUUUUGGGUUGUUCUGUUUACCAAAAGUGAUAUGAUAUGUGUAAGCGUUUUGACAGCUUUUAAGUGGAUCAUACACAUGAAAUUAGGCUAUAUUUAGAAAGAAAAUGUUUGGUUAUAUAUUUGAUAACUUUUUGUAUAGAUCUAGAUAACAAAUAUUCAAAACAGCAGGAUUAUUCAUGCCAUGAGAGUAAAUUGUAUGAAAUGGAGCCAUGAAUUUUUUGAAUAUGAAUAGAAGUUUUGUUUUUUUAAAUGAUUUCAUCUGGACAUAUGUAUUUUUCAGAGGUUUUUAAAAGUUCAAGCUUAUAGGUUGCAUAGUAACUGCAAUGUCACAGAAUAGUUUUAGUUGAAAUUUUACACAUUUAUGUCAGCAAUAAUCUCUGUAGAUUUAACAUUUUGUGUUUUUUACUAUUCAUUUUUUUAUCAGGUCAACAUUACAGUUAAGCCAUAGUGUGUACUACAAGUGUCACCAUUUUCAUGAGAAAAAUCAAGUUAAACUUUUAAAAAAUUAUACAUUUUUUGCAUAUUAUGCUUUGAAUUGUAUGAGAUGAUCAACUUCAAUGUUUCUACAAAGCUACAUUCAAUCAGAACAUGUUAUCUCAGCUGAAGAUAUACAAACAGUUUGGGGAAGGAUGGGGCAUAGUCUAAGGUGCUGCCUUCUGCUGUGCGGAGUUAUGUACCUUUGGCACAUCAGAAUCCUAUGAUGGUUUGAAUCCAGGUUCACCCUGAUUAUUUGACUAGGUUUGUCAACACCAUUCCAUUGCUGAUGACUUUCCCCAUUGUAGUACUGCCUCACCUGCCUCACUUACAGAUUCCAUUCCUAAGGGAGCAGUGGGGUAGCUCGUGGUUAAAGCAUCUGCUCAUCACGCUGAAAAACCCGGGUUUGCUUCCCCACAUUGGUACAAUUUGUGAAGCCCAUUUCAUGAUAUUGCUUGAAUAUUGCUAAAAGUGGUGUAAAACCAUGCUCACUCACUCCGUUCAUAAAUUCACAUGCCCUUGUGACAAUGACGAUUGACUUGCUGAAUUUAGUUUAACGCAUUAUAAAUGGACAUGUUAUUUUACCAAGUAAAUCUGUUAUGCAUUUAACAGUUUUAAUACUAUAACAUAUUUGCUCAACUGAAUUGGUGUUUUGGUUGUGAUGCAACCUCAUGUGCCUCUGCCAGUUAUUUAAAGGUCUUUGUCAGAACAUUUCUAGCAUUCCUUCACAGAUUGAUCUAUAUAUAUUGUAUACACAUAUAUAUGCCUGUAAACAUGUACUGUUAUUUAUCAAUAUACUGAUAGAGGUUAUUGUCGAUGUUC